AUGAAAAACCGUACAGUAACAACAUUUAUUCUUCUGGGAUUGACAGAAGACCCACAGCUGCAGGUUAUGGUUUUUAUUCUUCUCUUUCUCACCUACACUCUGAGCAUAAUUGGGAACCUGACUAUCAUCUCCCUCGUGCUGGUAGAUGCCCAACUUCAAACAGCCAUGUACUAUUUCCUACAAAAUUUCUCCCUUUUGGAGAUUUCAUUCACAUCUGCUUGCAUUCCCAGAUAUUUGUAUAACAUAGCAACAGGUGACAAUUUUAUUACCUACAAUGCCUGCGCCUGCCAAGUAUUUUUUACUGACUUAUUUGGUAUAACUGAAUUUUUCCUCCUUGCUGCCAUGUCCUAUGACCGCUAUGUGGCCAUCUGCAAACCCCUGCAUUACGUAACCAUCAUGAGCAGCAGAGUGUGCAGAAGACUUGUCCUUUGUUGUUGGGUUUCUGGUCUAUUUAUUAUAAUCCCCCCACUUAGCCUUGGCCUAAAUCUUGAAUUUUGUGAUUCAAACGUCAUCGAUCAUUUUAUCUGUGAUGCAUCUCCUCUCUUGAAAAUCUCAUGCUCAAAUACUUGGUUCAUGGAACAGACUGUUAUAACCUGUGCUGUAGUGACCCUCAUUAUAACACUGAUGUGUGUAGUUCUGUCCUACAUGUAUAUCAUCAAGACAAUUUUAAGAUUUCCUUCAGCUCAGCAAAAGAAAAAGGCCUUUUCUACCUGUUCCUCCCAUAUGAUUGUGGUUUCAAUCACUUAUGGAAGCUGCAUCUUCAUCUAUAUCAAACCUUCAGCCAAGGAAUCAGUAGCCAUUAACAAAGGUGUGACAGUGCUCACAACGUCUAUAGCUCCAGUGCUGAACCCCUUCAUUUACACACUGAGGAACAAGCAAGUCAAAGAGGCCUUCAACAAUUCAAUCAAAAGAAUAAUGAUGUUUUCUAAGAAAUAA